UGGAUAACAUGCCGGUCACCUGGAGUUAUGAUGUUGAAGUUGGACAGAAGUUCUGUAAUCCUGGGUUCCCAAUAGGCUGUUUUGUUACAGAAGUUGGUCAGCCUAAAGACGCCUGUGUGGUCAAUUCUAACUUUAAUGAAAGGGAUUCUUUUUACAUCUUUAACCACGUGGACAUCACCAUCUAUUACCAUAUUGUGGAGCAUGAACAACUUGGGGCACAAUUGGUUGCUGCCAAGAUUGAACCCAAAAGCUAUGAACACCCUAACAAUCAAAGCCCUGAUUGCUCUGGGGGCCCAAAGUUCCUGAAAAACAAACACACAGGGAUGUUCAAGAUCACUUACACCUACUCUGUUAACUUUGUGGAAGACAAGACUAUUCGCUGGGCAUCUCGAUGGGACUACAUCCUGGAGUCAAUGCCUCACACUAACAUCCAGUGGUUCAGGUACAACUGGUAA